ACUGCACAAAACCACACUGCACCAGUCACUGAUUCCAAUGUGCUUUGAGAUGGACUGCACAGCUUUCCUUAUUGCUGUUCUCCAACUUUGUAGAAUUUUAGCCAAUGUGAAAGGAAGGUUUGUGGAUUCAACUAUAAAGCUUUCUGAGAAGAUGAAACUGGAAUGCAUAUAUCCAAAAAAAGCUGUGAUAAUCCAGACAUCCUGGGAGAAACAUAAUGGAAGUCAUAAAGAAAAUAUUGCUGUCUUGCAUCCUAUCUAUGGCAUACAUAUUGAAGACAAAUACAGAGGAAGAAUAUAUUUUGAAAAUACUUCCAGGGAAGACCAAUCCUUAUCCUUCAACAAGAGCACUUUGGAAGACAUUGGUCUUUACCUUUGCGCCAUUGUGACUUACCCAGAUGGGGUUUGUGAGAAGGUAAUAAAAGUUGUUCACCCAGCAGAUGCUUUUGAAAUAUCUGAGAGACAAAAUAAUCCCGUGUUUGCCAAGCCAGGAGGAAGUGUCACUUUUACUUGCCCUUACGAUAUCGGAGGAUCAGUGCAGCAAGUGAAGUGGGAAAGGAUUAAGGCAAAUGGGACAGAUACCAUCGUCCUGUGUAACUCAUUAGGACGGAAAAGCUUUGGUUCAGAUUUCAGAAAGCGUGCACUGGUGGAUUGCUCUGGUCAGGCAAGCUCCACAAUUGUCAUUCAAAACGUCACAGCCUCUGACUUCACGACGUACCGCUGUGUGGCUACUGGAAGAAAUAAAACCUUUGAGAUGAGUUUCACUGUGGUUGCAACUUGGGAUCAGAAAUGGCUUAUUAUCUACAUAGCUGGAGGAACAUCUGCUGCUGUUUUAGUUUUCCUACUCAUUUUCUGCAUCACCACUGCUUAUCGCAAAAAGAAGAAGAGGAAGAGGAUCACAGAGGCCUUAUUUAAUGCUUUGUAUUCUACUCAGGCCGAGCCCGUUAACAAUUAUGCAGAACACAAUUAUCACACCACAUGGGACACAGAAAGAAGAAAAGAAGAUUCAUCACUCGGGCCAGCACAGGAGAUUUACAUGAACUGCGUAAACCCAAGAUAAGACAAUUAGCUUCCUUCUUAUGAAUGAAAUAACCGGAGUUCAUGCCAUGUAUUUGCAUGUUGGACUUGAUUUGCUUUGUACGGGUGAGCUGCAGAAGGUUAAACUGGCUAGUGCCAAGCAUGGCCCAGGCUGCCCUGGCCGGACAGCACUAGUACCUGAGCCAACCAGGGUGCAUCUGCAUUAUGCGGCAGUCUGCAGCACUAACGCACCCUUUGAUUCAUAUGUACAAGUGAAGAUUAUUGGUACUUCUAAAAUUUAAACAUUUUUUACACAGUAGGUCCACUUACAGGUAAUAAUUUGAGAGCAACUAUGUAGAACAAAGCAGUAUAUGUUUAAAUUACAUUCAUUUGGUCUGAGAAACAAAUGUCUGCAAAGUCUGUGUGGCAAGGUGAGAAAGAAAAUGUGCUCAAUGUUCUCUAUAUUCAUGACUUUCAAAUCUCAAGUUGAGAGCUUUAUAGAAUAAAAAAAUGUCCAUGAUUUUCCACACAGGAGGUGUUAUCACACUGUUGGACAAACAGUGUUAUUCAGCCUGCAAAAGCAAAUGUAUCAGGGAUCCUUGAACUCAGAUUUAAAAGCAGGAACAGAAGCGUGCUGUCUGACAGCGGUGUGGUUUACAUGCUUCUUGCCACUCAUGACAGCUAUUCCAGUGCUUACUAUUU